UGGAACUGUCCUGUCAUCAGGAGCCGCAGGGUGUCAUAUUAAACGAUUGUGCGUCUUGAAGAGGAGAUGAGAAGUUGGGAUGGCAGCACUCCAAGCUGCGGCUCUGUUUGGGAAUAAACGUUCAGGCGUUUAAAUUAAACCUCCCCUCCCCAGAUGCUGACAGUAUGAGUGAAGCCAAUGAGAGCGUCUUUCUGAACAGGUCACUGAGGCCGGACCUCUUCAGCAACCUGGAGGACAUCGACGUGACGGCUGACGGAAGUCCGGUCCUCAGAUUCCUCAUCUGCCUCGUCUACUCCGUGGUGUGCGCCGCGGGGCUGGUUGGCAACCUGCUGGUCCUCUUCUUCAUCAGGGUCACACAGGAGCGCAGGAAGUCCAGGGUCAACUUCUUUGUGCUCAACUUGGCGGUGACGGACCUGCAGUUCGUCCUCACGCUGCCCUUCUGGGCCGUGGACACCGUCAUGGACUUCAGCUGGCCGUUCGGAGACGCGAUGUGCAAGAUCAUCCUGUCGGUCACCGUCAUGAACAUGUACGCCAGCGUCUUCUUCCUCACCGCCAUGAGCGUGACCCGCUACUGGUCGCUGGCCUCGGCUCUGAAGAACCGAACCGUGCAGAGGUCGUGCUCCGCCAAGUGGGUGUGCGCGGUGAUCUGGACUCUGGCGACCGUGGCCACCGCGCCGACGUCGAUUUUCUCCACGGUCACCAACGUGACGGGAGAGAAACUGUGCCUGCUCAGGUUUCCGGGCGGCCAGUACUGGCUGGCGGUUUACCACAUCCAGAAAAUAGUCGUGGGUUUUGUUCUACCCAUGUCCAUCGUGUCGGUCAGCUACUUCAUGCUGCUGCGCAUCAUCCGCAAGCGCAGCAUGAAGACCAGCAACCCCAAACGGAGAUCCCAGGUGACCAAGUCCAUCACCAUCGUCAUGCUGUCGUUCUUCUUCUGCUGGAUGCCGAACCACGCCAUCACCCUGUGGAGCGUCCUGGUCAAACUGAACUUUGCCAACUGGGACAGUGCGUAUUACAUCGUCCACACGUACGUGUUCCCGCUCACCGUGUGCCUGGCACACACCAACAGCUGCCUGAACCCGAUCAUUUACUGCCUCAUGAGGAAGGAGUUUCGGGACAAACUGCGGGGUCUGGUCCGCAGGACAUAGUGGUUUUAAAGGCUCAGGGAGCGACUUAAUGACGCGCGUAAUGUGUUCGGCAAACUGUAACCAAGGCGCACCGGAUGCGCUAAUCGGAACCCAUCAGCUUCUGGUCGCUCAUUUUUAUGAUGAGAUUGUUCUGACUCGUUCAGAGCUACAUGAAUGUUUUACGUUAAAUUAUAAAGAAAUUAAUUUGCUACGUUGCUUUGUGAAUAUUUAUGCGUCAAAAAAAUUAUAAUUAAAAAAGUCGUCCACGGGUCGUGCGUAAAAGCGCGUCACAAUCAUCUGUGUAUUAUUGUGCUUUUGGUAUUACUGGGCAGAUAAUGUGUGGUGAGUCGCUUUCCAUUUUCAUCUUUUAACUAUAAGUGCAUUUAUAGAAAGCUGAUGGAACCGUGCGCUACAGUAUUCUCCCCCACCAAAAAAAAAAAAAAAAAAAAAA